AUGAGUGAUGAAAGAGAGGGAAUGCAAAGUCCCGACCCUCGAGGUUCAGGAAGUAACAUAAUCCAUUUGCUACGGACAAAGAACCAACAAGACCAAGCGAGUGAUCUCAGUGGUCCUUCAAACCCAGGUACUAACACAUCGUUGGAGUCAUUAAUAAGUAGCCUAAGAAAUCAACAGGCGAUGGCCCAAGCUGCAGCUGCCGCAUCCGCAAAUUCUCUAAAUCAUCCUUCACGAGUCCCGAAUGCGUCACUUCUGCUCCAACACCCGCCUCCUUUCCUUCCUAGCAGACUGCCAAGUUUGCAGACCAGCUUGACUCAACACCAAAGAGAUUUGCUCUUGCUCAGUAGUCUGCAGCAAAACAAUAACGCGGGGAUGUUUGGAUUGCACAACAACAACUUCGGGCUUUUGGGCCAUGCGUCAAAUUUGGGUCCUUUCGGGAUGCAUUCUUCGCUUUCUCCGCUCAGCAGCAUCGAUGCUGCACUGAUGCCCAGCCUGAAUACUACACAGAAUCAGAGAAUCCAAGGGAUGAACCCAUCUCUUCUCAUGGCUAGCCUACAAAUGAAUAGUGGAAAGGUUGAUCCCGCCAAGAAAUCGGAGAGCUUUCCUGAAAAACUCCAUCGAUUGCUACUGGAGGUGGAACUAGAAGGGCUUUCUGACAUUAUUUCGUUCACAUCUGAUGGACGUGCAUUUCAGAUCCACAAACCGAAGCAGUUUUUUGACAAGAUUGUUCCGAGAUACUUCAAUCAAAGCCACUUAAGUUCGUUCAAACGUCAACUGAAUCUUUAUGGUUUUGAAGCCCUGUCCAAUGGUGCACUGAAGGGUGCCUAUUUCCACCAAGACUUCCAGAAAACACGACCCGAGCUAUGCAAACUAAUUCACCGCAGAAACCAAAAGUGGCGUGCCCCAGAGUCAAAAUCCUGA